AUGACCGAAAAUGAAGCAGAAUCGUCAGCGUCAGGUGAGCCGCAUGUGCAGUCUGCAGGUUUCCGCCACCACAUUUCCCCACCCACACCGCUCAACAUCCGUGGUGAUCUCACACAACGGUGGAGAGAUCGGAAACAACUCUGGGAUGGCUACUACCUAGUCACAGGACUGGCGAAGGAGCUGGAUGCUUAUCGCCUUGCCGUCCUCGUGAACAGCCUCGGGCAAAAGGCGCUAGAGACUUACAACGCUCUCAGAUUUGCCGACCCAGCAGACAAAGCUAGAUAUGAGUGUGUGAUUGAGGCUUUGGAGAAUCACUUUAUGGGCAUAGCAACGAGAUCUACGAACGUUACGUGUUCUGUAAGAGAGAUCAAGAGGAGUCAGAGUCGUUUGACGAAUAUUACAUGGCGUUAG